AUGGCGCACAGCUGUCGGUGGCGCUUCCCCGCUCGGCCCGGAGGGAGCAGCUACUCCGGCACCGGGAGGAGAGCGGGCCGGAUAAGGGUCACCGCCUCGCUGCGGAACGUCCCGGGAGCCCAACCGCAAGCCGCUGGCCUCGGACCCGGGUUUGAUGCUGCACUCCAGGUCUCGUCGGUCAUCGGGAGCAACCUGCAGAAAUUUCGGGAUGUUUUGGGGGAGUCCAGUGAUUCGAGCAGCGCGGAGGAGGAGGUGUUUAGAGGAUUUGGAACAAGCACUGAACAAAAAAGAACAUCAAGUACAUCAACAACUACUUCAGCGGGCCCACCUAUACAAGAGAAGAAGCCAAGAGGACGUCCACCGCGAGCCCUUGCUGCCCUAAAAGCUGCUGCUGGAGGCCGACUUUCCCCCUCUUCCUUUCUCACCCCCUCACAGGGCAAACCUGAAAGUCCUGAAAGACCAGCUGAGAAGGUCAAGAGGUUGCCAGGGAGACCACCUGGCACUGGGGAAAAGCGAAGAGGCCGUCCCCCAUCGUCAGGUUCCAAGAAAGGUUGGAGUGCAGGUAGCCAUGCGGCAGCACAGGACAGUAGACAAGCUGGGUCUGAGUCGAAGGUGGACUUGGAAGGGGACAGAGACAGAAAGGGUACAAAGAAAACACCUGUCGGCUCUGCUCAACCACAAGAUGCUAAUGGUGCGCGGGGUGAAUCCAAAGUUAGCAACGUGAAGAGAGCGACUACACUGACAUCAUUCAAAUCCCGGCUCAAGGCGUUGCCCAGUGUGCCUCGGCGGAGGCGCGGACGCCCGCCCUCAGCAGAGCGACUCAAAGCUGAGGCGGCAGCGGUUCAGCUGUCCGCCUCCACUGAAAGCGAGGAAGGAAAACAGAAAGCCUCCAAAGGAGUGGACAGAGCCGCCGAAUCACAGCAGUCCAUGCUGACUCAUGUGAAUGCUGGGGAAAACCAGGACUCUUCCAAUCAUCCCUCAUCAUCAUCUCCUUCCGUGCCAGACCGGGCAGUAGGACUUCGAAAAAGCCCCCGACACAGAAACCCCGUCAGGAUUGUCCCACCGGCGAAGCGCACUGAUGCAACUAUCGCUAAACAGCUGCUGCAGCGGGCCAAGAAAGGUGGUAUCAGGAAGCCACAGCUGAAGAACAUAAGGCAGUUUAUCAUGCCUGUGGUCAGCACCGUCUCCCUUCGCAUCAUCAAAACCCCAAAGCGCUUCAUCGAAGAUGAAGGGAACUUUUUGUCCCCUCCCCCUCAUAUGAAGAUACCGAGGAUGGAGGUACCAAACCCAUCAGUCUCAGAAACUGCCCAACCAACACCCACCACCUCUUCCUCCCCCUCGUUGGCGGUGGCCCCCACUACAGCAGCCACCACUAGCACCGGUACUACUGCUCCCAAUGACUCCCUUUCCCCUCCUGCACCUCCAGCACCCACCCCUACUGCUCCACCAACAACUGACAGUCUGCUCAAUAGCAAUACCGACAAUGCGGCCAAUGGGCGAUUCAGCAGUAGCGCUGCUUCUUGUGGCUCAAGUGCAGUGUCACAGCAUUCGUCGCAGCUAUCCUCUGCAGAGUCUUCCAGAUCCAGCAGCCCCACUCUGGAUGACUCCUCAUGCGACUCUCAGGCUUCCGAAGCCACGCAAGCGUUGUCGGAGCCUGAAGACCACUCUCCGCCCUCGCAGAUAGAGAUGGAGCCCAACGUAUUACACAGCUCCCAACCUCCCUCGCCUCCUUCAGAGCCGGAGCGUGUUUUACACAAGAGGAGUAGACGUGGACGGAGAGGACAAGGGGUGAGUCGAGGGAAUCAAAGCCAGACUACAAGGGAGACACUCACCGCCAGUGCCAAAAAGCCAAUCAUAAGCCCACCUACGGGAGUGUUGUUGUCCUCUUCCUCUCUUUUAAACUCGCAACAAGUUUCAUCCACAGCGUCGUCUUCCUCUUCGCCUCCACCUCCCCCACUCCUCACACCACCACAGCCUCCACAGUCAGCCUCAUCUAGUACAGCUGCUAUUAGUGAACAUCACUCUCAGUCCCCUUGGCUGCCACACCCCAUCCCUCCAUUCAUGUCUGGGUCAUCAGUGCUAGCCAACAUGUCGGGCAAACGGAGCCGCUCCAUUUUGAGAGAGCCUACCUUCCGCUGGACGUCUUCGUCCCACCCUGAAUACCAGUACUUUUCCUCUGCCAAGUACGCUAAGGAGGGCCUCAUUAGAAAACCAAUCUUUGACAACUUCCGUCCUCCCCCUCUCACAGCUCAAGAUGUAGGCCUGCUGCCUCAAGGUGUCAGCGGAGUAAGCGGGGCUGCUCCAGGUGCCUUCCCGACACAAAGCGGAGGAUCAGGAACUGGGAGCCGCCUGUUUGCCCCUCAUCACCCUCACAGUCACCACCAGCAUCCCACCUCGUCCCGCUUUGAUGCCCCAGUCCAGAAGCGUAGCCCGUUGCUACGUGCACCACGUUUUACAGCCAGUGAAGCUCACUAUAGGAUAUUUGAGUCUGUAACACUGCACUCGUCCUCUGGCAGCAGCCAGGGUUCUCGUUCACCACACCAGAAGUUGCCAGUAUCCAGCAGAAGCUCAAGGCGUAAAAGACGCCUGAUUACAGGAAUACUACGUGGCCAAACACGGUCUCCUUCGCACUCCAUGACCAGGCGCAGCAGUCAAAUCGGGGGCCAGAUGUCUUUGGGGAGAGGCUCGUGUGAGAUGUCUGACUCUGUCUCUAGUAGUACCCAAAGCUCCUUGCCGGGGAGCUCUGCCACUCCACUCGCUACUAGUGCCUUAACUCCUGCUCCUUUUGGCGACUUUUCUGUUUCCAUGGGUCUGAACUCACAGGGGAUACCUGACAGCAGAAGAGGGCCAACUGGAAUCCCACAACCUCCCUUAUCUACGGCAUCGUCGUCCUCCUCUCCACUUCUCUCACUCUUUCCUUCCAGUGACCAGGACACAGGGCGGGGAGCUGGAAAAGGAAGUAAAGAGAAAAACAUGUUGGCUCCUCAGGAGGCAGCUCAAAGGGACAAAGAAAGGGAUGCUGAAAAAAUCAGGGAGAAGGAAAAUAAAAAGGAAGGGAGGAAGGAUAUAGAGAAAAGGAGUAAGAUUACCACUCCAGACGGCUCCCCCAUUGCACCCUCUAGUCUGUUUAUAGAUGGUCGGGACUCCGAAGAUGCACUUUUAUCUCUUGCUCCGAAAAAGGCCCAGGGGAGAAGAAAAUCAAUGUCAGUUGAUGCGGUUACAGACACUCCAUCCUCUGAGGGGCGCAGUCUCCAUGCCCCCAUUACCAAUUCCAUUGCGAAGGAACGGUAUCUUAAGAAGGGGAGAUCCAGUGAGAAAGGAGCAGAUGUGGAGGAUGGGGAAAACGAGGAAGAGAAACAAAGUGCUCUGAGCCAGCAGGUGGCUAGCCUUCCAGGGCAGCCAGGCAGACAACAUCUCCCGGUCUCUUCGCUUGGAUCCGUGCUGGAACAAGCAGAGAAACAACCUGUUGCUGACAAGCGGGUAGUUGGACUUCUAAGAAAGGCCAAAGCCCAGCUCUUUGAGAUAAAGAAGAGCAAGCUAAAGCCUGUGGAUCAAACCAAGGUCCAGGGUCAAGAGAGUGACUCUUCAGAAACCUCCGUACACAGUCCACGGAUAAAGCAUGUGUGCCGCCGUGCAGCUGUGGCUCUUGGCCGUAAUCGCGCGGUGUUCCCUGAUGACAUGCCCACACUUAGUGCCUUGCCCUGGGAAGAAAGGGAGAAGAUCCUGUCUUCCAUGGGAAAUGAUGAUAAGUCAUCAGUAGCUGGCUCAGAGGAGGCUGAGCCUCAAUCCCCACCUAUAAAGCCACGGGAGACACGGCAAAAGGCUGUUCAAGAAGCUCCUCCCAAAAAGGGUCGGCGGUCACGACGCUGUGGCCAGUGUUCAGGCUGUCAGGUUCCUGAGGAUUGCGGGCUCUGUACCAACUGUCUUGACAAGCCCAAGUUUGGGGGACGAAACAUCAAAAAGCAGUGCUGCAAGAUGAGGAAGUGUCAGAACCUGCAGUGGAUGCCCUCAAAGUUGUUUCUUCAGAAGCAAAGCAAAGUUAAAAAAGACAAGAAGAAGAACAGGUUAGCUGAGAAGAAAGACGACCUCAUACCAGUUAAAGGACAGAAUUUGGAGUCUGGCACCAAACUCCCCACUGCACCGCCAAAGGAGGAAGCUCCCCACAAAAAGAGUGAAAUUGCUCCCCCUGAUCCAGGAGAGGAGAAGUCAAAACAGCAGUCAUCACCACAACCAUCCUCUCCAGCCCCGUCAUCUUCUCCUUGCCCUGAUGAAUCCCCACAAACCACCAGCGCGUUCACGACGCAGGCCCAGUUCCCGGAACAGCUCUCUGUUUCGAGCAGCAUCUCUAGCAAGAAGGGACACAAAACGCAACAGCCAGCCUCGUCGUCGUCUUCCUCCUCCUCAUCACCCUCCUCCUCCAGCUCAUCAUCGUCCUCAUCCCCCUCAUCUUCCUCCUCCUCGUCCUCAGCCCAAAAUUCCCCAGCACCUUCCCCGUCUAUACCAUCUUCUCCCCUACAGCCGCAGGCGCUGGUGAGCAGUCAGACACCCGCAGAGAAAGAUGCUUCACCCAAGAUUCCAUUAAAUGAGCCCAAGAGGAAGACUCAGCAACAAUCACCGCAACAGCAGAGCUCAACCGCAGCAACGUCAGAUACAACUGACCCAAAGCAGCCGAAGAAGCCAACUUCUCGGUCAGUUCUGCCAUCUCCAAAACAAAAACCAAAAGACAAGAUGCUGACCACUAAACCCCCCAGCAGCUGUACUUUAAACUGGCUGGGCACUCCCUCGACUAGGGGCCAGGUGAAGCCCACGGCGCCCUGCGACGGAGUGCAUCGAAUCAGAGUGGAUUUUAGGAGGGACCAUGAUGUGGAGAAGGUGUGGGAGGCGGGUGGCCUCAGCCUGCUUACCUCUGUGCCUGUCACACCCAGAGUGCUCUGCUUCCUAUGUGCGAGCAGUGGAAAUGUUGAGUUUGUUUUCUGCCAGGUUUGCUGCGAACCGUUCCAUCUCUUUUGCCUGGGGGAGUCUGAGCGUCCUCUCCAGGAGCAGUUUGAAAACUGGUGUUGUCGCCGAUGCCGCUUCUGCCAGGCCUGCGGGCGCCAGCACCAGAAAGCUAAACAGCAGCUGCUGGAGUGUGAUAAGUGCCAUAACAGCUAUCACCCGGAGUGCCUGGGUCCAAACCACCCUGCAAGACCCACCAAAAAGAAGAAAGUCUGGAUAUGCACUAAGUGUGUGCGCUGUAAGCGUUGUGGAGCCACCAAACCUGGGAAAUCCUGGGAUGCCCAGUGGUCACAUGACUUUUCCAUGUGUCACAACUGUGCCAAACUCUUUGCUAAAGGGAACCCUUGCCCACUUUGCAAUAAGUGCUAUGACGACAAGGACCACGAGAGCAAGACGAUGCAGUGUGGACGCUGCGACCGUUGGGUUCAUGCUAAGUGUGAGAGCCUGACAGAUGAAAUGUAUGAGCUGCUGUCAAAGUUGCCAGAAAGUGUUGCCUACACGUGUACCAAAUGUACAGACCACCAUCCGGUGGAGUGGCGCACAGCGCUGGAGGGGGAACUCCAGGGCCGCAUUCGCCACGUCCUCACUGCACUGCUCAACUCACGCACCUCCGCUCACCUCCUGCGCUAUAGAAAGGUGGUAAAACCUCCGGAACUGAACCCUGAGACCGAAGAGAGUCUUCCAUCUCGUCGCUCUCCUGAGGGCCCAGAUCCGCCAGUCCUGACUGAACCCCCUUCUGCUGCCCCCAGCAACUCCCCUGCAGACCUGGAGUCUGUGGAGAAAAAGAUGGAUAAGGGACUUUACAAGUCUGUGCUGGCGUUUAGUGACGACAUUGCUCGAAUCAUCCAAACAGCAUUCAACAGUGAUGGCGGUCAGCUUGAAAGCAGAAAAGCCAACAGCAUGGUCAAGUCUUACUUCAUCCGGCAAAUGGAUCGAAUCUUUCCCUGGUUCAAAGCGAAACAGUCCCGCUUCUGGGAACGACCAAAAGUCUGUGCCAACAGCGGUCUUCUUCCCAAUGCUGUUCUGCCCCCAUCUCUGGACCACAACUACGCCCAGUGGCAGGAAAGACUGGAGCUGUCCCGCUCUGAGCACCCCCACCUCAUCAAAAACAUCAUUCCAGCCCCCUGCCCCAAGAACUCUGUUGAACCAGACACUCAAGCAAUCCCUCCCCCAGUCCUUCCGCCUCUACCGCCAGUACCUCUACUCAUACCAGAUUGUGACGACAGUCCAGAGCUUCCUCCUCCACCCGGUGUUAGUGAUAACAGGCAAUGCGCAUUGUGUCUAAAAUACGGAGAUGAAAACACAAACGAGUGUGGCAGAUUGCUGUACAUUGGACAGAAUGAGUGGACACAUGUCAACUGCGCAUUGUGGUCAGCGGAGGUUUUUGAGGACGAUGACAGCGCCCUGAAAAAUGUACACAUGGCUGUUCUCAGGGGAAGACAAGUGUGCUGUGAGAUGUGUCAACAGCCAGGAGCCACAGUCAGUUGCUGCUUUACCUCCUGUACCAGUAACUACCACUUUAUGUGUGCCCGCCAGGGCCACUGCAUCUUUCUGGAGGACAAGAAAGUCUAUUGUUCGAAGCACAAAGACCUAAUCAAGGGAGAAGUGGUGUCUGGCUUUGAGGUAACUCGCAGGGUACUAGUUGAUCUGGAGGGAAUCCGUGUAAAAAGGAAAUGGUUGGCAGGACUGGAGCCUGAAAAUGUCCACUUGAUGAUAGGCUCCAUGACUGUUGACUGUUUGGGCAUACUGACCGAUCUCUCAGAUUGCGAACGCAAACUCUUUCCCAUCGGAUACCAGUGUUCACGUGUAUACUGGAGUACUUUGGAUGCACGAAAGCGCUGUGUGUAUACCUGCAGGAUCCUGGUUUGUCACCCUCUUGUGGGAGAGUCUGAUUUUAAGAAUGUGGUGGCUUCUGAGGACAAUCUCACAAUAGCACACAGUCCGUCUUCUGUGCAAGACUUCCCUGAUCCAUUUGACUCUCCAAGGCGGUCAGAUACUCUUUCUCCAGCAAAGACACCCAAGCUCAGGGUCUACACCAGGAACCGGCACCCUAGCUACUCUUCUGCCAAUCAGCACUUGCAAGGCCCUAGUCCACUACCUUCUUCAGGUGGUUUAUCCCAACCUCAAAGUCAAACCGUUGAGAGUGCGCUGGAUCCUGUCACACGGAAUAUUGACUCCCAACGCCACAGCACCGCUUAUCAUCCAUCUCCUCAACAGCAGCACCAUAAAGAAAAAGCAGUGAAACCACUGGCUCAAAUUUUGCCGCGACCCCUUACCUCACCUCCUCCACUGAUAUCCUCACCCGCACGGGACCCAGAAAAGGCUAAACGUCUCAGCAAAGACUCAAUCCCGAGGGACAAGGAAAGGGCAAAACUGUUCAUGCCAGACAAAAUUAAACCACAACCUCUCAUGCAUCAGGGAGGAACAGACACAGACAAGAUUAGGGUGCUGAGUCGAGGUCAGGCAUUCAAGGAUCAUGAGAGGAACAAAUCAUCAAGUGACCUCAGGCAAAAGGACCCUGACAUUGGUGACUCAAUAGCCAAAGAGCAAGAAAAGAAACUGGCUAUGAAACAAUUGGACCGGGUAAGAAUUCCCGGAAAAAACUCUUCGAGAGAUUCAGAGAAGGGGCGACAAGUAAACCGAGACACUGAAAAAGGAAGACAGGUCAACAGAGAGUCAAACAACAAAGAUGCCGAGAAGAGCAAAUCCUUCUUUAAAGAUUCCAGCUCAAAAGAUAGUGAAAAAGCAAGAGUCGUCAGCAGGGAUUCAGGCCCAAGGGACUCUGAAAAACAUAGACAAUUUAGCAAGGAUGCUGGAAAAGACAGAAUAUCCAACAAAGACUCUGAUAAGAGUCGACCUAGCUCAAGGGACUCCAGUUAUAAAAGCACCGAGAGGAACAAAUGCCCAGGGAAGGAUAAUGACCCCGGAAGCCAGUCCAAACAGGGUGGGUUUGAAAGUAGGAACCCCAGGCUUGCACGUGGUGGUUCGGGCCAGUCAUCACCUCCCGUGGGAACGGCUGUACUCUCCAGCCAUCAGCAGAGAGGGGGCAGCACCAAGCAGGGUCACAAGCAUGGUAAACAUGGAAGCAAAGACCAGAAUAUUACUUUGGCUCAUCACAAGUCAACUUCUCACACCAUCCACUCCAAGGACAACAGCAAUUCCGAGAAAGACAGCAGUGUUACCACUGGAAGCUUAACACCGUCUUCCCUCUUCAAUGACUCAGUUGUUGGAAAAUCCAGCUCUCCAACUAUUGCACGGAAAUCAAACGAUUCUUCGUCAGCUCCAGCUGCAGGAGCGUCCAUGAAACCCCUUUGGCCUUCAAGGACACCAUCAGAUGAAGACCCAGUCAGACGAGAGUCUAUACAACUUGCCACCCCAGCCACAGCCGCCAAAGACUCCAAAUUUAAGGUGACAGGCAAUAAAGAGGUGUCCAAAGACAGAGACAGGGAGAAGAGUCUCAAAAACAGCAAAAACAACACAAAAUCGACACUCUUAAACAAUAACAGUAAAGCCACUGGCAGCUCAAGCAUGCUUAUUAAUAAUCCCACCUCUUACCGAAAUAGCAAUAGUACAGUUCAGAUGCUUGGAAGCAGCACAAAACCCCAUGGCAAGGUCCAGGUUGAGAAGCCAGAGAACCUGGGAAGCAUCAAGUCUUCUUCGAAGGGAAGAGAAAAUUUCAGCUGCAGUGUGACUAAUUUCCAAGGGAUGAAAAUGGCCUCUCAUUCCCAAAACAAGCCAACAAUAAAGCAGUUAGUAUUAUCUUCUCGAGAGAAAACCAAACCUGUGAAAAAGCCCACUGUAAAACAGCUGAUGCCUGACAAUAAGACUGACCCCAACGGUACCAGCAAUGUCGAUGGGAUUUCCGCUUCCUGUCCCACGACAACUACCUCUUCUGUUUCUCCUGCUGGCCAGGGGAUCCGUCACUGUGUUCGCUCCGCUCUCUUCUCCUCUUCUUCUGCCAGCAGUUCUGACAGCUCAGAAUCUGAUAACCCUGGUAACCAGACCAAAAUAGAGGACGAGGACAAAGAAUACCCAAGCGCUGAUCUCCAGGACCACCUCAGCCUCCUCACUCAAGGAACGGAAGAUGAUGUGGAAGGCACUGAUGAUUAUCAUGAGAGAGGUAUAGACGAUGUACAUCACGAAGAAGACAGCGACGGUUCAGGAUCUGCCAAGCGGCGGUACCCUCGACGUAGCGCCCGUGCUCGCUCUAAUAUGUUCUUCGGACUUACUCCUUUCUAUGGGGUUCGUUCUUACGGAGAAGAGGACCUGCCUUUCUAUGGCACUGGGGAUGGAUCUGUGCCCUUUGUUAAGAGGAGGACUGGUCGGAAGAAGUCAGCUGAAGGGCAGGUGGAUGGGGCAGAUGAUAUAAGCACCUCAUCUUCAUCAGGGGACAGUGGAGGUGAAGAAGACAGUGGAAUGAACCAGAGAGUUAAGGACCCAUAUUACUACAACUUCACAAGGACAAUAAUAAACCCAGGUGAGGGUCUUCCUUCAAUAGAAGGACUAGAUCAGUGCCUGGGUCGUGGCUCACAACUCCAGCGUUUUUUAAAAGAUGAGGAACAACAGCAGCAGAGACCACAAGAAAAAAAUGAAGAUGACAUGCUAAAUGCACUGACUUUUAGUAAGCAGAGCAUUGGUCAGCUGGAUGGCAUUGAUGAUGGUUCAGAAAGCGACACGAGCAUCUGCACUACCAGCACCACAACUGCCACAGCCACCUCCACUUCCACACCACACAAGAGUACUCCAAGAAGAAGAGGCAGAGACAGGCACCAGGAAAAACUGGACUCUCAUGAGUCUUCCAAGGAGGCACACACCAGCAGUGGAGGAACUGGAGCAGUGAGCGUAAAUCCUCGAGAAGGCCGAAAAGGACAGAAAGAGAACUGUCUCGCUUUAGGCGGCGUGGCUAAGUCACAGCAACAAAGUCAGGGCCAGGAUCCUCUUGAAGCUCAACUGUCCCUCAACUCAGACUCUGACAACAACAACAGUGAUGACUGUGGCAACAUCUUGCCCUCGGACAUCAUGGAAUUUGUUCUGAACACACCUUCAAUGUCAAUGCAGGCUCUGGGUCAGCAGCCCGAGUCCUCCUCUUCCGAGCUGCUAUUGGAUGAGGGCUAUGUGGGAGUGGAUGUUAACCGGCGUAAAGAUAUUCUGUUUGAUGAUUUCUCGGAGCCUCUGCCAACUCCAGAGACCAGAGGGGUCGUGGAAAGUAGUGUGAACAAUUCCAUAUCUGUAGAGGAGCCUUACAUUCCUCUUGAGCUCCCCUCUGAUCUUUCUGUGUUAACUACACGCAGUCCUACUGUGAAUUCCAGUCAGAACCAUACUACUGGUAGCCUCAUCUCAGAUACCUCAGACCGCACAAUGUUGGGCUUGACAUCUGACCCAGAUUCAAUGAGCGGAGAGAAAAGUGGGGACAAGAAAAGGGCAGGACCAGGAGUGUCACCUUCAGAGACUGAACAUGAUGCUACAACUUUGGGAAACAGGGAUAAACAAGUCACUGAAGGUCACAUGACCCCUGAGCAAUUUAUCCCUAGCCCUGCAAUUGGUCAAGUGGUCGAAACUCCAGGUAACCAGGACGCUUCCAGGAAUUCCGGCACUCCGGGAUUGCCAAAUUCUCCGUCACUUCCACUUCCGGGUCAAAAGUUUCUCCCUACCUCAGCUACAACUGCAGGCAGCAUCAGCCCUGUGCCUGGUACAGGACCAUCCCAAGUUCAGGUGUCCACACCAGCUGUCAUUAAACCGAGCACUGACAAACUCAUUGUUGUGAACCAGCAGUUUCAGCCUCUAUAUGUUCUACAAACUGUCCCAAAUGGAGUCACUCAAAAAAUAACAGCCACAGGAGUGAUGGACACAAGCUCUCAAGCAGUGCUGAGCUCCAUGACACUCACCACAGGCUUGAAUUCUGGGCUGUCUGCAUCACAGCAGAUAUUUCCUGCUGGCGGCAAAGUCUUAGGUACAAUGUCUCAUUCCUCUCAGAUUCACACAUUCAGAGGAGCAACCCAGGCUGGAUUCCAGACAGGCAUUCCGAGCACCACUUCAGGGCUUUUCAUUGGGUUGUCUUCUCAAGCUCAUGAACAGCCCCAGAUUCUUGUUUCCGAGGCAGGUCGACCACACGAGCUGGGUCCAAGUGUUGCUAUCGUUUCCAGUGCAUCUACUCUUACUGCAGUUCCGACUGUUCUUUCCUCUGCUCAUGGUAAGAAAAGGGCCAUCUCUCGACUUUUGCCGAAAAAAACAAAGAAAUUGGCUCGCUCAAGAAGUCAGCCUACUAUUGCCCCUGAUGUUGGCAAUCCCAACAUGACCCUAAUCAAUCUGUCAUCCCCUCAAAUAACUGCUAGCAUCCCCGGCCAGCCUGGUGGCCUAGUUGAGUUAAGCACCAUAACCGGCUCUCAGCGUAAAAUUCCCAAUAUAAUCAAGAGACCUAAAUCUGGUGGUGUCAUGUACUUAGAUCCCACUACACUCAUUCAGCAGAGAAUUCCUGCUACUGCCCAGGCUGGUGUGCUGGAUUCCUCCACUCGCAUAUUACCUUCUGGACUCAACCCCAGUCAGUCAGUUUUAAAUGUUGUUCCUGUGCCCUCUAGUGGUGCUGCCGGCCUCCUGACAUCAGGAUCAGUGUCCCUUUCCACGCCAGUACUCAGUCCGACUGAAAUAAGCGGACCAAUUAGCAACCUCUUGUUUAAGGCCAGCCCACAUGGGUUGAGUCUAUCUGAUCAGCCGAUGGUUCUUCAGUCAGCAGGGGCAACUCCUCUAGUAUCUCAACUCGGGUCCCCUGUUACAUCCAUAGCUAACAAUAUCUGUGUCCUGCCUUCGCAGCAGUCUUUUAGUGUUGCUGUCACUCAGCAAGGAGAUGCAGACGGCAGCACUGCGCAUUUGCAUCAGGCUUAUUCCAGAGCCCAAAACUCAGAGUCCAGUUCAGGCACCACGGUUGCAAUAGCGCCAGCCACUCCUUUGAGCCCAGCGAAAGGCCGUGUCGUUGGCGUGUUUACGCAGACAAACAGCUCCUUGCACUCUCAGAGCAGCAGAACCACCCCCCUACAUCGCAGCGCCAACCAAAGCCUGCAUAACUCCACUGGUGUUGCAUCUGCGACAAUUACAGUUACAAGGAUGGAAAAGGACAAACCCAAAGCCAAAAGGAGUAGGAAAAGCACUGACACGAAUAAUGGCAAAAAGAUCAAGAUCUCUCAUGCUGAGGUACAUCACAAGAACCCAGGAGCACAACACCCAUCAAAGUCCAGUCCUGAGCCCAUGGACACCGACGAACCCCCCAACAAGGCAACAAACAAGAGUGUCCUUGGUAAAAAGAAGAAUCAGGAGGAUCCUGGUUUCUCGGGAAAGCUCGAGGUCCAAGACAAACGUUCUCCUGUCGAAGGUUGUCUCGCAACUGCUCUACCGCCAAACCUAGAUGGCAGCAACAAAGACACAGGGCUGGACUGCAAACCCAAGAAGGGCAUCAUCUUCGAGAUUCGUAGUGAAGAGGGUUUCCACAUUCGCUGUGAAAGUAUUGAAGAUGCCUGGAAGUCGUUGACUGAUAAGGUGCAGGAAGCCCGCUCUAAUGCCAAGUUACGAAAGAUGUCCUUUGACGGGGUUAACGGGCUUAGGAUGCUGGGAGUGGUCAACGAGGCUGUGGUGUUCCUGUUAGAGCAGCUGUACGGCAAUAGGCACUGUCGAAGCUACCGGUUCCGUUUCCACAAACCCAAAGAAACCGAAGAGCUCCACAUCAACCCCCACGGCUCGGCUCGGGCAGAAGUCCACCACAGGAGAUCUGUUUUCGACAUGUUUAAUUUCUUGGCCUCAAAACACCGCCAGCCUCCUGAGUACAGGCCGCAGGAAGAAGAUGAAGAGGACGGACAGCUCAGGACUGCUAGACGCACAUCGAUGGAACUGCCGCUAGCUGUGAGAUUCAAAAACCUCAAGGCCACCUCCAAGGAGACGAUAGGAGUAUACAGAUCCCCCAUUCACGGCCGAGGACUGUUCUGCAAGAAAACCAUUGAUGCAGGAGAGAUGGUCAUUGAAUAUUCUGGGAACGUGAUCCGGUCCGUGCUCACGGACAAGCGGGAGAAAUACUACGAUGGGAAGGGGAUCGGCUGCUACAUGUUCCGCAUCGACGACUACGAGGUAGUAGACGCCACCAUGCACGGCAACGCGGCACGCUUCAUCAACCACUCGUGCGAGCCCAACUGCUAUUCGCGGGUAAUCACGGCGGACGGCCUGAAGCACAUCGUCAUCCUCGCCGCCCGCCGCAUCCACCGGGGCGAGGAGCUCACGUACGACUACAAGUUCCCCGUGGAGGACGCCGGCAACAAGCUGCCAUGCAAUUGCGGCGCCAAGAAGUGCCGCAAGUUCCUCAACUGA